GAUCUUGCAAUGACGCCGUCAUGUUAAGUACGUCAUGCACCAUAGUGAUCGCGACAGCAGUCACGUCUGCGAUCUGAUUUCAAGAGGUUUAUGAAUUCGUGGAAGAUAACGUGCUGCAAACGUGGUCGUAACGUGACGCAGAAGCAGAUUCGAUUUUAGUGUUCUGUUGAAUGCAGCAGCUCUGAUAAUGGCGGAGGGACCGGAAUUAAAUUACUUCGAUUUACGCACGGUGCAUGAUCGUUUUGAUCAAGCUCUCAUGGAAAAUGACGAUAUCGAUCUGAACGCGUAUCUAGAGGCCUACACCGAACUGUACAAAUUUUUUCAGUUGAUGGGCAGUGUCUUCAGUUUUGUCUCUUCUGAUUUGAAGCAAAAGAUAGAUGUCUUGAAUGAAUUGAAAAACAAAGACAAUCAGAAUUAUACAACUGUCAAGUCUAUGAUUGAAUAUGAAAGAGAAAACAAACUUUUAGAAAAAGCUGAUUUUGUCAAUGGUGCACGUACUUUAUUGCGGCUACAUAGAGGUUUAGAUUUUAUUAGGGAAUUUUUACAACAACUGGGCGAUCUCUCGGAUGUUGAUAAGACAGCUUGCUGCUGUCAAGAUGCAUACAACAAAACCCUGGCCAAACAUCAUCCAUGGGUUAUCAGGAAAGCUGCAAUAGUUGCAAUGUACACUAUGCCUACCAGAGAAGUAUUAUUUAAAAAGGUGUGCGGUGAAAAUGUUCAGCGGAACAUGGACGUUUUGCCCAAGAUGUUGGAAGUGACUGCCGACGUGUUCAACCGUACUCACAGCAUUUAUGAAACUUACCAACUGCACGCUCUACCAUAAAGCGAUCGAAUAUCGAAUAAGAACGAUAUACUUCAUUUGAUACUUUUUAGCUUUUCGAAGCAUGGCAUGUAACGUUUCACAUUUUUGACACAUUGUGAUAUUAUCGCAUUGCGAUGUUAAUGAGAUAUUGUAGUUAAUACGUUCCAUUAAUUUUAAAAAUAAAUAGGUAUGUUUAUUUUGGGGGA